UGUGGUUUGGCUCUGCCGGCCUCGUGGGUGAGUGCGGCCGGGACCAGCCCCACUCCUGGCCAGUUCCUCUCCCUGUUGCUCUCUCUUUUGCAGCACCAAAAUGGGAUGUAUGGGCUGCACCAAGACGUGCACCAUUUCAACUCCUUCGACAAGGUGCGGAGCCUUCCCCUGCUGCUCAGCCAGGCCCGGAUCCGGACAGGGAUCAUUGGGAAGAAGCAUGUCGGGCCGGAGAUGGUGUAUCCCUUCGAUUUCGCAUACACGGAGGAGAACAGCUCUGUGCUGCAGGUGGGCAGGAACAUCACCCGGAUCAAGCUGCUCGUCCGGAAAUUCCUGCAGAGCCAGGAUGAGAGCAGCUCCCUUCUUGCCCUCCCCUCCCACGACCCCCAUCGCUGCGGCCAUACCCAGCCGCAGUACGGGGCCUUCUGCGAGAAGUUCGGCAACGGCGAGAGCGGCAUGGGCUGGAUCCCCGACUGGACGCCCCAGCUGUACAGCCCCGAGGCCGUGGAGCUGCCGUACUUCGUCCCGGACACUCCAGCCGCCCGCGCGGACCUGGCCGCCCAGUACACGACCAUCGGGCGCAUGGACCAAGGGAUCGGGCUGGUCCUGGCGGAGCUGGGCCGGGCCGGCUUCCUCAACACCACGCUGGUGAUUUACACCUCGGACAACGGCAUCCCCUUCCCCGGCGGCAGGCACAACCCGUACNNNCCGGGCCAGCCGUCACCCCCUUUCCUCCCCCCAGAUCUCACGCCCACGGUCCUGGACUGGUUCCGCCUCCCCUACCCCAGCUACAGCAUCUUCGGCCCCACCCCCGUGCGGCUCACCGGGAAAUCGCUCCUGCCAGCCCUGAGCUCCGAGCAGCCCUGGGUCACGGCCUUCGGCAGCCAGAGCCACCACGAGGUCACCAUGUACUACCCCAUGCGGGCCGUCCAGCACCAGCACUUCCGCCUCAUCCACAACCUCAACUUCCGGAUGCCCUUCCCCAUCGACCAGGACUUCUACGUCUCGCCCACCUUCCAGGACCUGCUGGCGCGGACCCGCGCCGGGCAGCCCACCCACUGGAACAAGAGCCUGCACCAGUACUACUACAGGGACCGCUGCGAGCUGUUCGACCGGAGCCAUCUCACGCCCACGGUCCUGGACUGGUUCCGCAUCCCCUACCCCAGCUACAGCAUCUUCGGCCCCACCCCCGUGCGGCUCACCGGGAAAUCGCUCCUGCCAGCCCUGAGCUCCGAGCAGCCCUGGGUCACGGCCUUCGGCAGCCAGAGCCACCAGGAGCUCACCAU